GCCCCCCACACCACGCCACGCCAGGCCACCACACACAACAGACAGCUCUCAUUUCGUCACAUGCACACCAUGGCUGGCAGGCGCACAAAGUUGGCCCCGUGCAGUCACGACAGAAACAUCACCAUGCACCAACUGCCGCCUCCCUCCCCCAUGUGUGUGUAUACGAAGAACACGGCAGGGACACAAACAGGUAUGUAAAGUGCAAAGGACCGACAGACAGGUCGUCUGUCUGUCUGUCUGUCUGUCCUUCCCUCACUGUCUGGAAUGACUGUGUGCGAUGGCGGCCUGUUUGGCCCCCUCCAUCCCAAGUUCUCUCACCGAGAAACACUUGGCCCUACUCCUGCCGCCCUGGUGCCAUCUGUCCACCCAAUGGUUGUACGCCCUGUUGUAGUAGACGCCCUUGACGCCGCCCUGGUGCUCCAAUCGCUUCGGCAACACCGCACGGCCGGUGCGCUCCGUCUCACGACGAUGCCCCUCGGCCAAGACCUGACGGAUGGAUGGACACACAUAGGGAGAGACUCAAUGAGAAAUGGAGAUAAGAGGGAAUGGGCGGCGUCAUGCUCACCUUGGCUCCGUCGAAGCCAUGGUUCUUGAUGUAGAAGUACUUCCUUUUAUCUUUUGUGCCGCCCUCGCCGCCCUGCGCCUCAUGCUCCCUCCAUGUGGCCGACCAAGCCUGCCGCUUCUUGACGGCCGACCGAUGCUCUGUGCAAAUAAAAUUGGCAGGUGACCGUGGGGGGGUGGGGGACAGGCAGGCAGACACUUCUGGCCCUUGUCGCUCACUUCUUGCUUACCGGCCUUGCUGCUGGUGGCCUUUCUGCGCCGGCGCUUGGGAGGAGGGCCGCGGUCUGUGGACGAGACCUCAGGGCUGUUGCCGCCGCCACAGGGGGAGGGGGCAGGGAUAGGGGGUCUUGGCACAUGGAACUUCCGCGAGUCUGAAUAAUGACACACACACAGACAGACAGACAGGUAGCCGGCAGAGAGCCUAUAUGAGAGCAUCUUGGGGUCCCUUGCUAAGUGCUGUCUGACUCACCACUGUUGGGGUGCACUGUUGUCAGCGCGUCGGUAUCGGGGAGGGGAGAUGGGCGGUCUCCAUCCUUUCUGGGAUGUCGCCGCGGUGCCCUGCUGGCCUGGCCAGCCAUUUGCCCUGUAUCGUCACCAGACGGCACCUUCGCACCUGUAUCGUCACACACACGAAGGGAUACAUACCAGCCAGCGAGCAAAUGACUGAGACGCACGCACCUGUCGGCCUCCACCGAAUCGCCCCCGUCUGCUGGCCGGCCACCGUCACUGUGACGAUCUCAUACCGACCGCCACUAGGAGGAUCGCUCGCACGCACACCCUCCAGCAGCUUAGUCAGCAUGGCCGCCUCACACUCACCACCGAUGGCGUCGAUGUCAGCGGCCGACUCACCGGCUGGCCGCGCCUCGCUGCUUCCAGAGGGCCGCGCCGUCGAAUCAAACGAAGUCGGCUGCAGUGGCAGCACUGUGUCUGAGUCGUCAGGGACGAGCUCCUCGUCAAAGGCACUCUCAUCUCUCACGCCGGAGUGUCGCUGUGCCGACGCUUCAUCGUGAUGCAGCGGACAGCCUGAUGAAGGCCGCCAGUCGGUGGGUCUUUUCAUUGCAGAAUCAUGAGUCUCCCCUGCCGACGCAGCCGAUGCAGUGAUCUGACUCUCCCGCGGCAUGGGGCGGUCGGGAGAGCGCUGGAUCUUUGAGAAGAGCAAAGCAGCUAUGCCACAGAGGCUGCUGCACCUGACAACCUCCAGGUUAGCUCGCAAGGGCAU